AUUGAAUCCUUGCAGGGAAAUGUAGUUUUAAGUCGUCCGUCUGUAGCGUUGCCUAAUAUUUAAAAGAUAAAGUUUGGUAUUCUGUGCCUGUUCUGACAAGCGAGAAUCCACGAACGAUUUUGGGCAUAUUGUUGUCUUAAUCUUAAAUCCACCCACGCAAGGCAAUGCCGAUGCCUUAUUUAAGACUUCACGCGUGAGCCACGAACCUACAAAAAACAACAAGGAACUUAUGCUGUGCGUCAUUCCACUUAAAGGGGAGGUUCAGUACCGCUGUCUUUUACUUGGCCUACUGUCAAAAAUACACCGAUUCAAAAGAGAUUCAUUUGUCUUUCCUCUUCGUUAGACCGAGUACUAAGUAAGGUAUUUUCAAAAAGCACUGAAAUCUGUAAACAGACAAAUCUACGGGUUCUGCUAUGGCUGAAGAAAACAUAUUCCUUUUCAUUCCAAAUUUGAUUGGCUAUGCCCGCAUAGUCCUAGCACUGCUGGCUUUCUACUUCAUGCCGUGUUGCCCAGUUCCAGCAGUGUUCUGUUACCUUCUCAGUGCCCUCUUGGAUGCCUUCGAUGGGUAUGCUGCUCGUGCCCUCAACCAAGGUACUAAGUUUGGUGCAAUGCUGGACAUGCUAACUGACCGCUGUGCCACUAUGUGCCUGCUGGUGAACCUGGCUCUGCUGUACCCCUCCUACACCUUCCUCUUCCAGCUCAGUAUGAGCUUGGACAUGGCAAGCCACUGGCUGCAUUUGCAUAGUUCAAUGAUGAAGGGAGCUUCAAGCCACAAGACGAUCGAUCUCUCUGGGAACCCCAUCCUUAGGAUCUACUAUACCUCCAGGACGGUGUUAUUUAUUAUGUGUAUGGGCAAUGAGCUCUUCUUCUGCCUGCUGUACAUCAUGUAUUUCAUUGAAGAGACACACGUGUGGCUACAGGGGUUGCUGGCAGUCUGUGGGGUGAUAUGUGCAUUGAAAUCUGGGAUCAGCCUGCUGCAUCUCAUCACUGCUUCCAGGAACAUGGCUGCCCUUGAUGUCGCUGACAGGGAGAAGGAAAAGGGCAAGACUGAGUGAAAGAAGGGUAUGGGGGAAACAAUGAAAGAGGUGGAAAGACAGUAGGAUAAGGGGGAUGGAGAGUGUGAUGAUGGUUAAUAGAAAGGCCAUAUUGAAUAGGCAUGGUUAUGGGAACAAGAGAGUUAUGGUAGAAAGAACAAAAUGGAGUUUGUGCGAGAGGUAGGAGGAGGAUGGAGAAAAGAGAUCAGGGGACCUUUUUAAAAUUAUACAGUCACUGUAAGUAUUUAUUUCUGAAUGACCACUAGAGCAGUAGAGUCUCAUUAUAAGUAUUUAAUACAAUUUGAGAGUGAACGUAUUCCUUUGAAGUGCUGCAAAUUUAAAGCUAACCUAGUUACCUGCUCCAUGACUGACCAUAAUGUUUGGAUUGUAGUUCUGUGCACUGGCAGCCUCUGCUUUUGUUAAAAGCAGAGCAGUCCUCAUCAGUUAUUGUAGCAUGGGCAAUUGGUUACUUUCUAAUUUAUAUUCAAAGAUCAGAAAGUCUACUGAAGACAUACAGCAGUCUAUUAAAGUAUAACCAUUUUAGUGCAACUUUUAAAACAGUAUAAGGUUGUGAAUGGAGAAAUUAUAUACAAAUUGAAAGACACUGCAUUAUUUAUGUAAAAUGUGAAAAUAGCCUUUUCCUCUUAUCUUGACUAAUUUAAUUCACUGUUCAGUCACAUAUUAUACUGAGACUCUACUGAUGUUUCAAGUUUUAUUGCUGUUAUUAUCAUCAUAAUUCUGUUUGGUUAUUUUCAAAAAGUAGGUGUUCUGUGAGAUGCCAUAUUUGUGAUUUGAAUACUGUUUGAAUUUGUUUUGUUUUAGAUUACUUGGUGACAACAAAAUGCAUUUAUUACAAUACACAUGCAUUUGCUCUACACAUGCAUUUAUACUUGUAAUAUAUUUUUUGGUUUGUAUAAAACACAUCUGUCAUUGUUUGAGGAACAUAAAGGUAGUUUGUGAAAUUGGGUAAACUGCAUCAAAAGUACAAUCCUAAAAAUGUGUACCCGUCAUGGAAAGACCAAAUUGCACACAGUCAACUACAGAUUGGCUGCAAAGAUAUUAGAUUCAUAAGGGGUCCAUUUGGAAUAGACUGACUAUUACUUCUGUGCCACAAUGCAAAUUUGGGUUGGUCUAUCAAUCAUCACAGUAUUCAGUGGACUGUGCUUAAAGAGUGUGGAAUGGCCGUUCAGAAAGAGUUGACUAUUCCAGUUCUCAAGGGUCACAGUCCAGAAUCUCUCAUAGUCAUUUGAACUGCCAAUGACGGUGGAACAACCACUUCAUUCCCUCCAGUGCUUCAGGACUAGUGAAAUCUCUCCCAAGCAGCAUUUUGUUGCGAGAAACAAUUUUCUCUAAUGAAUACUUUUUGGAUCCAGUUUUUUUUUGGCCCCUAUUUUUAUAUUUAUUCCCAUCCUGUAAUUUCAGCUAUGCUGAUUUUUCCAUUUAUUUCAUAAGAUGCACUUAAUUAGGUGAUAUAGAAAUUUAUAUUAUACAGAAUGUUAUAAUGAGUUUAUGCUUUUAAGCUGUUUUUGUGCAGUGCCUCUGUCAUGCAGGUAAACUUCCGAAUGUUUAAAAAUAUAGUAAAAGAUUGAGCUACAAUAAAAACGAUCUAUGAGCCAAA